AUGGAUACCUCAAUGAGCCCAGCCAACGAGAUCGAAGACAAUGAGCGAAUUGAGGGUGACGGUGACGAAGCAGCGGCGGAUGGGGCAGAAUCAGUCGCAUCUUCAUCAGACCUGACAGAAGAUGGGGGCACUGAAGAAGACCUCCUAGAAGAAUUCGAGGCGACGUUGAACAAACUCACACUGGACGCCGAAACCAUCGUUGCCGCCCAGCCUCGAGCCACUCAGCUCCACCUUACCACGCAGACCAAAAAGAUCUUCAAGGACUACAAGCAGUAUGGCUCGAUGGCCCGGCUCAAGAUUGGUGUCGAGAAGCUACUUGCUCCCAGCCCCGACGAGGAGAAGUUAUGCUUUUCAGGACCUGGGAAAGAUAAGACUUCUGGAAGACACGAACUUGAACUCAAGGGCGGCAGACCUGGUCAUUACGGCCGAGCUUUCGCGACCAACUACACCAAAGAUGACGACGAGUACGAAUCUUACGGCGAGAUACCAUGCCCGGGCGAUGUAGUCGACAACCCUCUCUUCCCCGACCUGAAGCCGCACCUCCAUCCACUGCGCAUCAUCGACCCAGAGUGCAUCCCCUACGUCACCAACCUUCCCUGGAACCCUGUGGCAACCACGCUGAGCUGGCCGGCCGGUCUACAGUGGCCGAAAGGGCUGCUCGGCAAGCUGAACACCAUCCUAAGCAUUGUCGACCAUGAAUGUCGGGUCCGGCUUUUCCACCACGUGUCGCGGUAUGGCCCAUCGCCAGUCUUCCGCGCCGGCAUUGAACAGCAGGUCCAGAGCCACUACUCGACCAUCUUCCAGACUGCACGACAACACUAUCUCGGUUUCACUCCCGAGACGCGGGCGUUCUUGCGCUCGGUCUACGAAUCCAAGAAGCGCCUGAACCGCGCGGAAAAACGCCUGCUGGCCCAAGUGUGCAGAGUCGCCGAGGGAUCCAUCGACAUCUUCUGGGAAGACCUCAAUGAGGCGAGAAUGGGCUUCACCGCCAUGAAAGUGUUCGUCAUGGCCCGAGAACUGGAAAAGGCACAAGAAGCAAGAAACUUGAGCACCGACAAACCGAAGGCAUCUCUGUAG